AAGAAAAAAAAAGUUCGUUGCUCGUUGUUAAAAGAAAUAAUUUAAAAAAAAAAAACAGAGGAAAAUUAACAUGUACAUUGUGAACAUUUGCGAGAUCUGAUAUUGCGAUUAGAUUUUAUUGAUAAGUAUUAUUCAUGCUCGAUCGUUUUUCUUCGAUCAUUAUUAAUUUUAUUUUUGAUAUAUUUCGUGAACUAUAAUUAAUAGACAAUUUUACUUCCCUUAUUUUUUUUUUUUUUUGGUUUUUUCAAAUCCAUUUAGUUUACAAUUCGUUGAUUAUCAUCAACGACAUUUGUGACAUUUCGUAAUUCGAAACUUUUACGAAACUCGAGUUCCUAAUCUUUUUUUUGUUUGCAUGUGUGCUGCGCGCGCGUGUGUGAGUGAGAGUAAGUGUGAUAAGAAAAAUCGAAUGACAAAGAAAAUUGAAAAUUUAAUGUACGACCGAUUUUAAAUCGAUUCUUAUUCAAUUAAAAUUUUUAUUUCUUUUGUUGCAUAUUCACGAAGGAUGAUGAAGAAUGUAUAAAAGUUUAACGGAAAUCAAAGGAUUAAUUUAUUUCGAAAUAAAAUGAAAACGUAUUUGCGACAAUUCCUCAACCAUUUAAGAAAAUUCCACAUUGUAUUUUCUUUAUCUUUAUUUGUCUAUUUUAUUCUUGCGAUUUUUCUUCAUCUACCUCCUUAUCCCCUUUUUCUAAUGAUCAUUAUCACAAUAUGUAUCACGUGUAUAUUUUUUAAUUUUCUUAAUUAUAAAACAUUUUCAUUUUCAUGAAAUUUUUCCUUUUCUCUCUCUCAUCAUAUUCAUAUUAAUAUAAUCAACUUGUAUAUCUGUUCACAUGUGUUUUCUUUGAAUUUUUCUUUUGUUUUUAUAUUACAAGAAAAAAAUAACACACCUGUCGUCUAACUCGUCGAAAUUAACAUCUCAUUGUGGGAACAGAUUGGAAAGAUGGAAGAACAAGAAGAAGCAGAAGAAUAUUGGACAUGAAUUUGGACGUGUCGAACAAAAUGUUGCUGAAUGAAUACGUCUGUCCUAAAUGCAAGGCAGGAUAUCGACGUUCCAAUGAUUUAAAUAGGCACAAAUAUAACCAAAAUAAUCUGAAGGUGGAUCUGUCGUCUACGUUUUAUGGGCUACCAGCAACAACAGAAAGAAGAACAGUGACUGUACAAUUAGGAUACAAGUAUCAUUACAAUCAAAGAAAAAGUUUCGAGUGUUUGAAAUGUGGUACAUUUUUUACCCAAAAGACUACGAUAACUCGACACGUAAGAUACUUCUGCGGACGUGGAUAUCGUUAUCAGUGUCCAUAUUGCGAUACUAAAGCAUCAUGUUCGUCAAACAUUUACAGACAUGUUAGAUCACGUCACAAGGGUUUACAAGCACAUGCAGUUAAAUUAUUCACAUCUGACGAGUCUUAAACAAUUACGUCAAAUAAAAACGUUAUAUA